GUUUGAAUCAGAGUGAAACGACUGUAAUGUGAAAUCCGAACGAACCUUCUAAACAUGGGUGAUGACAACAGUAACGGCAGCGAUUUGAGUUCUUUAAACGAACUUUUUGACCGCGGGUUCAACUUGUAUCUCGAAAUUGAGAAGUCAACUGAAAGCGCCAAUGAAAAGUCCUACCAAGACAAAGUCCGGGAGGCGGCGACGCAGUUUGAGAAUGCGACGCAUCUCGUCAAUGAAACCGGGAUCUUCAGCGAAAACGAAGAAAUUGACGAAGUGGCCACGCAUCACCUAAAGUUUCUCCUGUUACCGGCACUUCUCGGUUCUCUAACACAAAAGAAAGUCACAGUGGACCGGAGUGAAAUCCUGCGAUUAUCAGAGGUUUACUUUCGUGAUUUCUUAACGCGAUGUCGGCAAUAUGGAGUCACCAGCUACGAAUUGCCUGAAACAAAGGACGAGGAUGUGCCUGACGAUAAGCCGGCGGCUGGUACGAAGAAGUCUGAAACAGACAGCCUUCUGGAUGCUUGCAGGAAGCGGAAAGAGAAGAUAGCCCGCUUCACGGAACAGAAGGCAAUGGAGGAGCGGCAACGACAGCUUAAGGACCUGAUCAGCAGCCCCACGGUGGAUGACGAGGUCUUGAGGGAGUACUACAAUGUCCUGCUUAAAUAUUGGGUCAACGCUGCUAUCGAGGAACUUCGUAGCAUUGAAGAGGAGAAGCCGAUCCUCCAGUAUAUGGCCAAAAUGAAGGCGCAGGGAAAGCCGACGCACGAGGCCUCAACACAGCGCCAGCCCAAUAAGCCACUGCGGCCCAUCAUCAUCACCCGCAACGAGUUCCAGAAGCAGGUCUACGGUGUUGGUUACCCGAGCAUUCCCAGCAUGACGGUAGACGAGUUCUACGCCAAGCGCUACCCUGAGCAUUCCCAACAGGAGUCUUCUAGCGGGGCAGCCGUCACACCCUUCAGCCUGCAAGACUGGGCGGCGGACCCCGAGAAAGCAUCGCGGGAACUGGAGGAGGAAGAAGCCCAGAAGGAGCAGCUCACAGAUGCCGACGACCAGGGGGCCCUCGACUACAAGCGAGCCAUGGAUGACUGGAAGGACGAAAAUCGAAGAGGAAGUGGCAACAGAAAAAACAUGGGCUGAAGAUGAAGAGCAGCUUUUUUUUUUUCAUGACGAGAUUCCCAGAGAUGCUGCGGCUGUAAUGUGUUUAGUCAUCUGGCCUUGUAUACUUUGACCGUGUAGUGAAACAAGCCUUUUAUUCUGGGCUCUUUUGUGUGUAUGAUGAGUGUGUUAUUAAAGAAUGUUUUAAUUUA